AUGUCCGCCGUCGCAGGCGCAGAGCAGUCCGCCACGGCAGCGUCGCCGACCAGCGUGCGCAAGGCGUCGGCGCCAGACAAGGAGAAGGAGAAGCGGUACAAGUGCCAGUUCUGCAACCGGGCCUUCAGCAGGUCGGAGCACAGGUCGAGACACGAGAGGUCCCACACCAAAGAACGCCCGUUCAAGUGCCAGAAGUGCCGCAGCACCUUCGUCCGUCGCGACCUACUCCUGCGACACGACCGCACCGUCCACGCGAAAGAUGGCGGCGUGCCACUACAGAGCGACUCCAAGAGGCGCAACACCGGCAACAAGGGCUCGCCAGAUGGCGGCCCCUCGAAGAUGCCCGAGCUGGACGAGGCGGCGUUGGAGCAGUACAACGAUGGCGAGAACCCGUUCGGCAUCGAGCAGGCCGCCAUGUUGAUGGCAAACUUCCAGCAAAAAGCCGCCAUGUCGGGUCAGGACAUAGGCAGCAUCACGGCGGAACCACUCAUAUCGCCUCAUGGUCCGCAACUGAUGGAACCACAGCUACCCUAUCCCGGAUCGAUGACACUGCCUCAGAUGCACGGUUGGGAUCAGAUGCUGCCACAGAACGUCAGUCAAGCCAAGCCGUCGUCGGUAUCAUCUAGUCUGGAUGCCUCUCACGACAUGCUACCCUACCCCAGCGGCGGCUCCAUCUCAUCAAAUCCAAACACCCUACCACCCUUGAUGGAGAGGCAGGAGAGCCAACCCGACGGCCUGCCGCACUUCAACUCCUCGCUGAUGAACAACGGACUGGCCACUCCUGGCGCACUUUCGCCCUUCCCGUCUAUGGUCGGCCCAGUAUCACCGGUCGACUACAGAAGAUCACCCGGUCCUCCACAGCAAUGCACCAUGGCCAAGGCGCCUCAAGUCGAGAGCGAAGACCACAUCGGCCGCAUCAUGGACAACAUCAGACACUGCGACAGCGAAGGCGCACUGGUGGAGACCUUCCGUCUCCCGCAGCUGUCGGUCCUGAACCGUUACCUGUCGACCUACUUCAACUUCUUCCAUCACCACCUACCCUUCCUCCAUCCGGCCACGUUCGAACCAGCGACCGUCUCGGCCCCCCUCCUGCUGUCCGUGCUCUCCAUUGGUGCACUGUACACUUUCGAGCAGGACCAAGCUUACAUGCUUCACAUUGGGUCCAAGGUCCUUGUUACGCAGUUCCUACAGAAGAAGGACAACUUCAGCUCCCGCAAGUGUCCACUAUGGAUGAUGCAGAGCUCAUUGCUGAACAUGAGCUUCGCGAGCUGGAGUGGUGAUCCAAAAGGCUUGGAGUGGGCUUGCUCGAUUAAGAGUCUGCUGGCCAACAUGGUAGCCGGCAACCGAUACGAGUUGAAGCUACGGACAGAAGCACGAGAAGGACGUCAACCUACACACGAGGAGUGGGUCGAAGAUGAAGGAUGUCGCAGGACAUACUACGCCGUCUACAUCUUCUUCGGCCUGCUCACACUCACGUACAACCACACUCCUGCGAUCAGCUUCAAUGAGUUUGACACAUUGGAGCUUCCCUCAUCAGAGUCAUUGUGGAAUAUCGACGCACCGGAUAGCGACAGCUGGAUUGAGAGCCUGACAGCAUCCACCGUCGUCACAUUCCGAGAAGCGCACGACUCGCUGUUUCAAGGAGAUCCCGCUCAGUACAGCGCUUUCGCCACGCGUGUGAUGAUCAACGCUCUCUUCCUGGAGGUCUGGUACCACAAGCGCAGCCCCGAGGCUCUGCAAGAUGUGGUGACUGAGUACAAGCUUCGGCUUGCCCUCGACACGUGGGAAAGCUCGCUGGAUAGGUGCGAGCCGGAGACCGUUGUCGUACAGCUCAGCGCACCACACAAGGGACACCCACUCAUCUUCAACGCAAUGGCAAUGUACCGCAACACCCGUGCGCGCUUACUUGUGGAUCUCAAAGCUGUCCAGGAAGCACUGCGCUAUCACGACUCGUAUGAGGUCGCUGCUGCGAUGCUCAAGGCGCGAGACAAUGUGAACAGGAGCCAAGAAAUGCUGAACGUCAUCCAGGCUUGUUACGACUGCAUUGAGGUUGCGGCUUUGCAAGGUAUUCGAUGGGUGGCUCGGACGUCUGCAACAAACUGGAGCAUCGAGCACCCUCUGUGUGGUCUCGAUCUGAUCGUCAUUCUCAGCUUAUGGCUGUGGCGGGUGGAGCACGACACAGAUCCUGCUACAGACGAUGAGAAGCUGCUGUACCAGAAGCUCCGCAAUCUUUUCGACGACGAGUCUGUCGAUGGCUUCGGACAACAACUGAGUAGCACGGUUGCCAAAUUGUGGGGCAGCAUGAUCGACGAGGUCGUCGUAUGGGGAAUCACCAAGCUGAUGGGCGAGUCGUUUAAGCUACACUCGCAAGCACUCGGCGGCUUCGAGACGCGCGAAGGAGUGGACGCCGUCAUGCAGGAUGGAGGAGCAGAGGUCGAGCAAGACGACGGUACACCACAGCGGAUGCCGGAGGCGCAGACGGCCGAGGUGGCGGCUUUCUAG